UUGGUGCCGCACUCGUCCGUUGGUCGCGCAUCGUGGCGACAGCUGGUAGCGGCAACCGUCGUCGUCGCCGUCGUCAGGGCUCGACUCCGAGUCGAUCGUGUCGCGCGGAAUACACAAUACGCGCGGAUAGUCGCGAACGUUGCGCGCGCGUUCCAGCUAACGGAUAACGGUGUGACGCGCGCGCGCGCGCGCGGCCAGGGAAACGAGAGAAAGUAUAGUCGGGAGCGCACAAGGGGCAGAGGCCCGUGUAGCAGCAGCACAGCACCUUUGCCGCCGUCGCGUCGUGUUGCGCGCUCGCUAAAACAAAGAUGGCGGACGUGGACUCGAGGGUAGACCGGUCCGAUCCGGAGCUGCGUAUCUUGUCGGUCGACAGGAACAGCUUCAACGAUCCGGCGACCCAAGCGGAAUGGACGCAGAAGAAGCUGGUGUGGGUGCCGCACGAGACGCAGGGCUUCGUCGCCGCCGGCAUCAAGGGCGAGCGCGGCGACGAGGUCGAGGUGGAGAUCGCGGAGACCGGUAAGCGCGUGCUCGUCGCCAAGGACGACAUACAGAAGAUGAAUCCGCCCAAGUUCGACAAGGUCGAGGACAUGGCCGAGCUCACCUGUCUCAACGAGGCCUCCGUUCUGCAUAACCUCAAGGACCGAUACUACUCCGGACUGAUUUACACAUAUUCCGGCCUCUUUUGCGUCGUAGUAAACCCUUAUAAGAGACUGCCAAUAUAUACAGAGAAGAUUAUGGAAAGGUACAAAGGUAUUAAGAGACACGAAGUGCCACCACACGUAUUUGCCAUUACCGAUACGGCUUAUCGUUCUAUGUUGCAAGAUCGCGAAGAUCAGUCAAUUUUGUGCACCGGCGAGUCCGGCGCCGGCAAGACCGAGAACACAAAGAAAGUGAUUCAAUAUUUAGCCUACGUGGCCGCGUCGAAACCCAAGUCUAACGCGACUCCGAGUCCGGCAUUAAUCAUAGGUGAGCUCGAGCAACAGCUUCUUCAGGCAAAUCCAAUCUUGGAAGCAUUCGGUAAUGCGAAGACUGUGAAGAACGAUAAUUCAUCCCGUUUCGGUAAAUUUAUAAGAAUAAAUUUUGAUGCAUCCGGUUACAUAGCCGGUGCAAACAUUGAGACGUAUCUUCUAGAGAAGUCGAGAGCCAUUCGGCAAGCGAAAGAUGAAAGGACUUUCCACAUAUUUUAUCAGCUGUUGGCAGGUGCCUCAGUCGAACAAAAGAAGGAAUUUAUAUUGGAAGAUCCAAAGCACUAUCCUUUUCUGUCAAAUGGAGCUCUACCGGUUCCUGGUGUCGAUGAUUCCGCUGAAUUCUUCUCUACGGUAAAGUCCAUGCACAUUAUGGGCAUGACCAACGAGGACUUCUCCUCCAUCUUUCGUAUCGUUUCCGCCGUGAUGUUGUUUGGUUCGAUGCAGUUCCGUCAAGAACGAAAUUCUGAUCAAGCCACGUUACCGGACAACACGGUGGCGCAGAAGAUCUCGCAUUUAUUGGGCCUAAGCGUGACUGAGAUGACGAAAGCCUUCCUAAAACCGCGCAUCAAGGUCGGUCGUGAUUUCGUUACGAAGGCACAGACGAAGGAACAGGUGGAAUUCGCCGUAGAGGCGAUCUCAAAGGCCUGCUAUGAGAGGAUGUUCCGUUGGUUGGUAAAUAGAAUCAACAGGUCCCUUGACAGAACGAAGCGACAGGGUGCCAGCUUCAUCGGCAUAUUGGAUAUGGCCGGUUUCGAGAUAUUCGAGCUGAAUUCCUUCGAGCAGCUGUGUAUCAAUUACACGAAUGAGAAGCUACAGCAAUUGUUCAAUCAUACGAUGUUCAUUCUGGAGCAAGAGGAGUAUCAGCGUGAGGGAAUUGAAUGGAAAUUCAUAGACUUUGGGUUGGAUUUGCAGCCAACGAUCGAUCUAAUCGACAAACCGAUGGGCAUUAUGGCGCUUUUAGACGAAGAGUGCUGGUUUCCUAAAGCCACGGACAAGACAUUCGUGGAAAAACUGGUUGGCGCUCACAGUGUCCACCCGAAGUUCAUGAAGACUGAUUUCCGUGGUGUGGCCGAUUUUGCAAUCAUUCAUUAUGCUGGAAAAGUGGACUAUUCUGCCGCUAAGUGGUUGAUGAAGAAUAUGGACCCAUUGAAUGAGAACGUUGUCAGUCUUCUGCAAGCCUCGCAAGAUCCGUUUGUGUGCCAUAUCUGGAAAGACGCUGAAAUCGUCGGUAUGGCACAGCAGGCGCUCACAGACACACAGUUCGGUGCGAGGACGAGGAAGGGCAUGUUUAGGACGGUCUCGCAACUGUAUAAGGAACAGUUGGCCAAGCUGAUGGUGACACUGCGCAAUACGAAUCCGAAUUUCGUCAGAUGUAUAAUUCCGAAUCACGAGAAGAGAGCUGGUAAAAUCGACGCCCCACUUGUGUUAGAUCAACUGCGAUGCAACGGCGUGUUGGAGGGUAUCCGUAUCUGCCGGCAAGGUUUUCCUAACAGAAUUCCGUUCCAAGAAUUUAGACAACGCUACGAAUUGCUUACUCCGAAUGCUAUUCCCAAGGGAUUUAUGGACGGGAAGAAGGCUUGUGAAAAGAUGAUUCAAGCAUUAGAGUUGGAUCCGAAUCUUUAUCGUGUUGGACAAUCGAAGAUCUUUUUCCGCGCCGGGGUGUUGGCCCACUUGGAGGAGGAGAGGGACUACAAGAUCACGGACAUAAUCGUCAAUUUUCAGGCUUUCUGUCGCGGUUUCUUAGCCAGGCGUAAUUAUCAAAAACGUCUGCAACAGCUUAACGCGAUCCGCAUUAUUCAGAGAAACUGUGCGGCCUACCUAAAGUUGCGCAAUUGGCAAUGGUGGCGGUUGUACACCAAAGUGAAGCCUUUAUUAGAGGUUACCAAACAGGAGGAAAAGCUCACACAGAAGGAGGAUGAACUGAAGCAGGUUCGCGACAAGCUGGAAUUACAACUGCACUCGGCUCAGGAGUACGAGCGCAAAUAUCAGCAGGCAAUCGAAGAAAAGACUAUGCUGGCUGAACAAUUGCAGGCAGAAGUUGAGCUUUGCGCGGAAGCCGAAGAAAUGAGAGCUAGGUUGGCCGCGAGAAAGCAAGAGCUAGAGGAAAUUUUGCACGAUUUGGAAGCGCGUAUCGAAGAGGAAGAAGAGAGAAGCGCCGCGUUGACUCAGGAGAAGAAGAAAUUACAGUUGAACAUCAGUGAUUUAGAAGAGCAACUAGAGGAAGAGGAAGCUGCUAGACAAAAACUGCAAUUGGAAAAGGUUCAAUGUGAUGCGAAAAUCAAGAAGUUAGAGGAAGAUCUCGCUCUUUCGGAAGAUACCAAUCAAAAGUUGUUGAAAGAGAAAAAGAUUCUCGAGGAACGUGCAAAUGAUCUCUCACAGACUUUGGCCGAAGAAGAGGAGAAAGCGAAGCAUUUGUCGAAAUUGAAAGCUAAGCACGAAGCGACGAUCGCCGAUCUCGAGGAGAGACUUCUUAAAGAUCAUCAACAACGACAGGAGGUGGAUAGAUCCAAGAGAAAAGUGGAGACUGAGGUUUCAGACUUGAAGGAGCAAUUGGCCGAAAGGAAAACGCAAGUUGAGGAAAUGCAGCUUCAACUUGGCAAACGUGAGGAAGAACUCAAUCAAGUUAUGGCGAAAAUGGAUGAAGAAGGUGCUGCUAAAGCACAAGCUCAAAAAGCGCUUAGAGAGUUAGAGUCACAGUUAGCCGAACUUCAGGAAGAUUUAGAAGCUGAAAAGGCGGCCAGAGGUAAAGCAGAGAAACAAAAGCGCGAUUUGAACGAGGAGCUUGAAGCGCUGAAAAACGAAUUGCUCGAUUCUCUAGAUACUACCGCGGCUCAACAGGAAUUAAGAAGCAAACGAGAACAAGAACUUGCGACGUUGAAGAAGAACCUCGAAGAGGAAACAUCAUUGCAUGAAGCCACACUCGCUGAUAUGCGUCACAAGCAUACACAAGAACUGACUGCUCUGAAUGAACAAAUGGACGCAUUGAAGAAAACGAAAGCGGUUUUAGAGAAGGCAAAAGGAUCUCUGGAAGCCGAGAAUGCCGAUUUGGCUACGGAACUUAGAUCGGUCAGCGCAAGUAGACAAGAAUCUGAUCGUCGUCGUAAACAAGCGGAACAACAAUUGGCGGAAGUAAACGCAAAAUUGGCCGAAGUAGAACGAAACAAACAAGAAUUAGUUGAGAAAGUGACGAAGUUGCAACAAGAAGCGGAAAGUGUGAUGCAGCAACUAGAAACCGCCGAACUGAAAGCAUCUGCAGCAUUGAAGGCGUCGGCCACCUGUGAAUCCCAGUUUACCGAAUUACAACAGCAAUUGGAAGAAGAAACUCGGCAGAAAUUGGCUCUCAGUUCGAAGUUGCGCGCGUUAGAAAGUGAGAAAGAGAGCUUGCACGAUCAACUUGAGGAGGAAGAGGAAGCAAAACGUGCCUUGGACAAGCAACUGCUGAGUCUGAAUAUACAAUUGGCCGAAGCCAAGAAACGUGCUGACGAUGAAGCAGAGGCGGCUGUCGCUCUCGAGGAGGCCAGGAAACGUUGUACGAAGGAUAUUGAAGGUCUCCAACGGCAAGUUGAGGAAUUGCAGGCAGCCAACGAUAAACUAGAUAAAUCAAAGAAAAAGAUUCAGGCAGAACUAGAAGACAGUAUCAUCGAGUUGGAGGCACAGCGAGCGAAAGUACUUGAGUUAGAAAAGAAGCAGAAGAAUUUCGAUAAAGUACUGGCCGAAGAAAAGGCUGUGUCUGAGCAAUAUGCAGAACAACGGGACGCCGCAGAGAGAGAAGCACGCGAGAAGGAGACAAGAGUAUUAUCAUUGACUCGCGAAUUAGACGAGCUUAAUGAAAAAGUUGAGGAACUUGAACGGGGCCGUAGAGGUCUACAGUCAGAACUGGACGAAUUAGUUAAUAAUCAAGGUACCGCUGACAAGAAUGUUCAUGAACUAGAAAAGGCAAAACGUUCAUUAGAAUCGCAGCUACAAGAGCAAAAAUCGCAGGUUGAAGAAUUAGAAGACGAAUUGCAGUUUACGGAAGAUGCUAAGCUGCGAUUGGAAGUAAAUAUGCAAGCGUUGCGAGCUCAAUUCGAGCGUGAUCUUCAAACCAAGGAAGAACAAGCGGAAGAAAAACGUCGAGGAUUAGUGAAGCAGCUCCGUGAUCUUGAGGCGGAGCUCGAGGAUGAGAGGAAACAGCGUGCUGCAGCUAUCGCUGCACGUAAAAAAAUGGAAGCGGAUUAUAAGGAUAUCGAACAACAGUUAGAGAUGCAUAAUAAGGUGAAGGAGGACGCACUCAAACAACUUAAGAAACUUCAAACUCAAAUCAAGGAUUGCACUAGAGAGACAGAAGAAGCUAGAGCUGCAAGAGAUGAACUGGCAGCUGCCUCUAAGGAAACCGAGAGGAAGGUCAAGAGCUUAGAAGCUGAUUUGUUACAAUUAACUGAGGACUUUGCUAGCAGUGAACGUGCCAGAAGAACCGCUGAGAACGAGAGAGAUGAGCUACAAGAAGAAGUCAAUAACAAUGCCAAUAAAGGAACCUUGAUGUUAGACGAGAAACGUAGAUUGGAGGCAAGAAUUGCCACCUUAGAGGAAGAACUGGAGGAGGAGCAAUCGAACGCUGAGAUCGUGAUGGAUCGUGCCAGAAAAGGUCAAAUUGUGAUCGAGCAGUUGACAACGGACUUGGCGACUGAGAGAUCCACUACGCAAAAAUUGGAGUCGCACAAAAUGCUGUUAGAGAGACAGAACAAAGAACUUAAAGCGAAGUUAACCGAGUUAGAGACUGCGCAACGUGCCAAGACCAAGGCUACGAUACAGCAACUGGAAUCGAAGAUCAACAAUCUCGAUGAGCAACUCGAAACUGAAGCCAAGGAGAGAUUCGCCCAGCAGAAGAUCAAUCGCAAGUUGGAGAAGAAAUUGAAGGAACUGAGCCUACAGUUGGAGGAUGAGAGACGAAACUCCGAUCAGUAUAAAGAACAGGCAGAAAAAGUCAAUGUCAGAAUGAAAGCGUUGAAGAGACAAUUGGACGAAGCUGAGGAGGAGAUCAGUAGGCAUAAGACUAUGAAGCGGAAAGCGCAGAGAGAGAUGGACGACAUAACAGAAUCUCACGAAGAGCUCAUGCGGGAAUUGACACAUCUAAAGAACAAAUUAAGGCGCGGUGGUCCUCCGAUAAGUCUGAGCUCUACGAGAUUGAAACGCGGUUCCGUACAAACUGGCGGCUCGGGUGACGAUUCGACAACGCAGGACGAGAGCAUCGACGGCGAGGAGAACGCCAAUUGAAUAUCGGAGUCA